AUGUUGGGACGACUCAAUUUCACUGAUCUCGGCUUCAAUAAAGAAGCACUUCCUCAAGGUACACAAGAACGAGACUGCAGGUCUCGACCAAGACAUCCGUGUUUCAAUGCUGGUGAUGAGAGAAGCAAUGAACAGCCCGGUUUAACGGUGAUGCAUACGUUGUUCCUUCGAGAGCACAAUCGCAUCGCAACUAUUCUCAAUCGAAUCAACAACUUUUGGCCUGAUGAAACCAUUUAUUCGGAAACACGUCGAAUAAUGGGCGCAAAAGUACAACAUAUUGUUUAUAAUGAAUGGUUACCAGUGGUUUUGGGCUGCGAAACAGCAGCCAAGUAUGAUUUAGUGCCUCGCAAAAUUGGAUAUUUCACAGGUUACGAUGAACAUUGCGAUGCAACAGUAACACAAGAACUGGCCACAGCAGCUUUCCGAUUCGGACAUUCGCUUAUCAGAAAUACAUUCCCACGACUCGACGGAAAUUACAAAGAGAGUGCUGAUGCGAUCGAUCUCAAGUCAAUGUUCAACAACGAAUCGUUCUAUUAUCAGUCAGAAUCCGGUCAUAUCGAAUCCGUUCUGAUGGGUCUUCUUGGUGUUCAAAGCAUGGCGUUCGAUCGACACAUUGCAAGUGCUGUGCGAAAUCAUCUCUUCCAAAAGCCCGGUGGCCUAUUCACCGGUCUCGAUCUACCAGCGUUGAAUAUUCAACGAGCGAGAGAUCACGGAGUCCCUCCGUAUAAUGCUUACCGAGAAAUGUGUGGAAUGAAGAAGGCACGUAGAUUUGAAGACUUACAAGAUAUAAUGGAUGCAUCAAGUAUAAAGGCUAUGAAAAGUGUUUAUGACAGCGUUAACGAUAUCGAUCUCUUUCCCGGACUUAUGUCUGAAAAACCACUAAAAGGUGCAUUGGUGGGCCCAAUGGCUGCAUGUAUAAUCGCUGAACAAUUUCAACGCUUGAAAAAAUGUGAUCGAUUCUACUAUGAGAACGACAAUCCUGCAACAAGAUUCACUCCAGCUCAGCUGUCUGAGAUUCGUAAAACAACAUUGAGUAAAUUGAUAUGCUCAAAUAGUCAGUAUGCGAGAAGGAUUCAACCGAACGCCUUCCUUAUGCCCGAUGAUCUCACAAACGCUCCAGUGAAAUGCUCCGAACUUCCCGAUAUUGACUUAUACGAAUGGCUUGAUCGACAAUUUUGUGUGGUUGAUCAUCGCGUGAUCAAUCUUGGUAAAACGAAGCGCAUCACACCGUGUAUCACAUGCACGUGUACGGCUGAAGGGCCAGAAUGUCAUUCGAUGACAAUCGAUCGAUGCGAAACCCUACUGUCCGACUAUUUAUUCACUGAGAUUGUAGCGGUUUGUUUUCGUAUUCUUUCCAAUCAUCCAAUAUUUUCUUCUAAAAUACACCAACUAUCCAUUAGUUCGCGAAAACAUCAACUGUGUUCUUACUGA